UUUUUUUUUUACAGUCCUCCCCUCCCUCCUGGUCUCAGCUUCCCGAGCUCGUGUUUCACUGCAUCCAGCCCUGCUAGCUCUUUUGGUCUGGCAAAGAGAAAAUCCAAGCCCCUGCAGUAAAAAAAAAAGGAUGAAUAGUAACUCGGGGCAUUGCCAGCUGUUUGGCUUGAAGCUUUCCAAGUGCCUUUGAAGUGCUGCAAAAAGCGGUGGUGCACACACACGCCUGAUGAGGCACUUCAGAGAUGCCCGUUCCACUUCAGAAAUGACCCUGGGAAAAAACCAGCAACGUGUUUGAAGUGCUUCACUCCGGAGCGCUUCAUGUCAUGUUGGCACCCUCCAGCACAGCCCCGUAGGGGGCUGCUGGGUCCUCCAGCAUCCCACGGUGCUCUGCUCCCCACCCCUCCACACAGCUCGAAGCAGCUGCCUUGGUGACACGCUGAUCUCCACUGCUCCGAGCUCGCAGAAUCAAGCUCGCAUGUGGUCUCGGCUAUUGAUUUUCGGGCACAACGGCAAGCCAAGCCCUUGCUUUGCCUGCCCCCUGCUCCGAGGGCUCAGCCUGUGCGGUACUGGGAUAGCAUCGAGGGCCCUUUCGGAGCGGGUCCCCCGAGGUCAGCACCCAUGAUGUCACUGCAGAUCCCGCCUGCCCCACCUGCAAAGCGCUCUACCAACUGGAGGGAGUCGGAGGUGAUGGACCUACUGGACAUUUGGGGCGAGGAGGACAUUCAACGGGCACUCCGGACAACCCGUCGCAACCAGGCUGUCUACGAGCGCAUCGCCUCUGAAAUGACGCUGCGGGGGCAUAACCGCGACUGGCACCAGUGCCGCGCCAAGGCCAAGGUGCUAAAGGCACACUACAAGAAAGCCCGCGAGGCCAAUCGGGCUGGUGGCGGCUGCAAGGUGACGUGUGCCUACUACGAGGAGCUGUCACAGAUUCUAGAGGAGGACGACUCCACAGAGGCCCUCUACAUCGUCGACAUCGGUGGCAACCCUCAAGCCACUGAAAUCUCUGAUGCCUCGGACCGGGAGGAGAAGGAGGACGCUCCAGUUCUAGCCCCCAUCAUCAUCAAGGAGGAGGCGCUGGAGAUUCAGGAAGAGUCUCCAUCCUCGCAGGAGACCUCCGACGAGGCGGACGUCAAACCACCAGCCCCGUUCUGGCAGGACAUCCUCCUGACUUCACACCAGACCGGACCAUCAGCCUUGUGUCCGGCUGCGUCCUCCUCUCAGCCAACUGUGCCUUCCACGUUCCCAACGCCUGGGCAUCUGCCGACUGUCCUCUCGCAGCCCCUGCCAAGUGCUGCCCCACAGCUGCCGACAGCAGGCCAAGCCUCUCCUUCCCCAGGACCCAGCUGCCUGGGGAUGCAGACAGACUGGCUGGGCACACCACCCCCUGGCCCUGGGGAGAUGAGCAUUUCAUCAGAGCACAAGUCCCUUGGGAAGCAAGUCACAAGCAACCUGCAAACGUUGCCGCCGAUCGUAGAGCUGAAUGUUGGUGGGGAGAUGUACAUAACAACUCUGAGCACCUUGAAGAAACACCCAGGCUCCAAGCUGGCUGAGAUGUUUACGGGCCAGCCCAAGCUCCGGACUGACUCUGAGGGGAGGUACUUCAUCGACAGGCCAGGGACCUAUUUUAAAUACAUCUUGGAAUAUCUCCGUAGUAACCAAGUGCCCACACAAUGUGUCCAGGAUGUGUAUAAGGAGGCCUUGUAUUAUGACAUUGAGCCUCUGAUCAAGCAGCUGGAAGAUUCCCCGCAGAUCUUUGGUGAGCUGGUGGCAAGGAAACAGUUCCUGGCCCGUGUGCCCAGCUACAAUGAGAACAUUGAGCUGAUGAUCCGCAUCGCCAGGGCGGAGGCAGUCGCUUCCCGUCAGUCUAGUGUCAUGGCCUGUGUGGUCAGAACUGAGGAGGAUGUGGCCAAGUGUCACGAAGCCCUGAACAGUUUGGACACAGAUAAGAAAUCGGUGGUGAAGUUCGGCCCCUGGAAAGCAACACCAAGUAUUUCUGACCUGCUGGACUGCAUCAAAAUGGAUGUGGAAGCCAAAGGGUACAACGUUUCCAUCCAGCCCCACGUUGCAGAGAAAGGCUUCCGGUUCAAAUCCUAUGACUUUUUCUACAAAUUUGUCUUCACAUGGUGGUAGCAAAAAGCCACCCCUGGCAAGGAUUGUUAUUAAAACAAAGAGACUUUAAUGCAAACAGCCUUGAAUGGUAGCCGAGCAGCAUCCUUCCUGCAGAACCAUUUGGGAACCAUGCUGUGGACUUUCUGCAGAUAGAAGAGUAACAUGGGCCAGGGGAAGGCUCUCUUGUGAUGUCCUCUGCAGAGUUAAUGAGGAAUCAGGACUCUGUUUUAAUGGAAAAGUAAUAGAAAUGUGAUACACUAAAACUCAGAUCAUUUAUAUGAUCAUUUGUAUGAAGCAUCUGGGUUUUAACUCUAACUUUCAGUCAUUUUCUGCCAGCUCUCCUGAGAAGUGACAGGCCUGGCAGAGCCAAUACAGAUCAAGAAUAGG